CAAAAAUCAAAUAGACAAUGUUUAAUAAAAUGUGGGAUGAGGUUGUAGCUGGUCCACAACCUAGCCAUGGGCUUAGCAAACUCCGUAAACUUUCCACCAAUGCCCAAGAAGAGGGAAGUGGCAUUCAACCCCAAUCUUCGUCGAUGCCAUCGAGCCCAACCACUCCAGGGACUCCAAAUAAUACAUCACCCACAGCUGGGGGGCGUAAGGAGAACGUUUGGAGGAGUGUUUUCAACCCUGGAAGUAAUAGUGCUACCAGAGAUAUUGGAUCUAAUCGCUUUGACAAGCCCAGCAGUCCUGGAUCUCCCACUGUUUAUGAUUGGAUGUACAGUGGCGACUCAAGGAACAAAUAUCGUUAAGCGUGUAACGUCACCGGUGGGUUCAUGUAAAUAGCAUCCUUUCUGUUUCAAAGAUCACCAAGUGUUCUCGAGGGUUCAACCUGAUCUUUGUUUUACUUCUUUUUUUUACUUAAAUAAAUGUUCUUUUUUCUGUUCUUUUUCGAUGAUGCUUUUUACGUUUUGAUGAUGUUUUAAUAAGUGGUGCCAAAGCUGUAAUGUAUAACUUGUCGGACAUGGUUAGAUUUCGAUGAUGUUUUUUGACGUUUUGAUCAUGUUUUAAUAAGUUG